AUGUUUCAACUUUGCAAUGAAGCGAAUGAAAAUGAAGAACAGUUUUGGAAGCAGCCUCUUGGAGCGUGGAUUAAAGACUGCAUCAGUGGUUCAGAUGCACUUCUUCCUGAAGUAGCUUGGCGUACAGAAGCAUUUCGUGGGCGCGUUUUACGAUUUGCCGAACUUUGUGACGGCUUUGUUUUCAGUCUCCUUUUUGUUUUCGUAAAUUCAGAUACAUUGAAUUUCAUUGUAAUGCCACACGAAGAACAUCAUUUAUCUCAGACAGCUCUUAGCUUGAAAAGAUUCUCAGUGUUAUUACAAAACAUACAGAGCUUCUAUCGAAACCAAAACGAUUAG